CCCAAUGGCUGGGAUCCACGGGCCGCCCCUCAGCUGAUCGUGUCGUGCUCGCGUCUCCAGGAAGCCAAUCGGACAGCCCGGGGGCCGGCACCGGCAGCCGAUAAAUGGGCCGGCGGGGAGCUGGCGCCUCCAGAGCCAAGCAUGGGAGCGCCUCGGGGGAAGUGAGCAGCCAGCCAGCCGCUCGCCCAGCCGCUCCUCCGCAUCGCCUGCCCCUGCUCGGCGGGCAAGGCAAGGCAAGGACCCCAGUAACGUACCCCGCAGCCAUGGCCACGUCAGCGAGUUCCCACCUGAGCAAAGCUAUAAAGCAGAUGUACAUGAAGCUGCCUCAGGGUGAAAAGGUGCAAGCUAUGUACAUCUGGAUUGAUGGGACUGGGGAGCACCUGCGCUGUAAAACCCGGACACUGGACAAAGAGCCCAAGAGCAUUGAAGAUCUGCCCGAGUGGAACUUUGACGGCUCAAGCACCUUCCAGUCUGAGGGUUCAAACAGUGACAUGUACCUUCUCCCUGCUGCCAUGUUCCGGGACCCUUUCCGCAAGGACCCCAACAAGCUGGUUCUUUGUGAGGUCUUAAAAUACAACCGCAAGUCAGCAGAGACAAAUCUAAGGCACACCUGUAAACGGAUUAUGGAUAUGGUGUCUAACCAGAUCCCCUGGUUUGGGAUGGAGCAGGAAUACACUCUUCUUGGGACAGAUGGACAUCCAUUUGGCUGGCCUUCCAAUGGCUUCCCUGGGCCACAGGGUCCAUAUUACUGCGGCGUAGGAGCAGACAAAGCCUAUGGCAGAGACAUUGUGGAAGCGCAUUAUCGAGCGUGUCUCUAUGCUGGUGUUAAAAUUGGAGGAACAAAUGCAGAAGUGAUGCCCGCACAGUGGGAAUUCCAGGUGGGCCCAUGUGAAGGGAUUGAGAUGGGGGAUCACCUCUGGAUUGCACGCUUCAUUCUACAUCGGGUGUGUGAAGACUUUGGGGUAAUCGUGUCCUUUGAUCCCAAACCCAUCUCUGGGAAUUGGAAUGGAGCCGGUUGCCACACCAACUUCAGCACCAAGUCCAUGAGGGAGGAAGGAGGCCUCAAGCAUAUAGAAGAGGCCAUUGAGAAGCUCAGCAAGCGGCACCAGUACCACAUCCGUGCUUACGACCCAAAAGGGGGGCUGGACAACGCCAGGCGCCUGACAGGCUUCCACGAGACAUCCAGCAUCCAUGAAUUCUCUGCUGGCGUGGCCAACCGUGGGGCCAGUAUCCGUAUCCCCAGAAACGUGGGCCAAGAAAAGAGAGGCUACUUUGAGGACCGCCGGCCCUCUGCCAACUGCAACCCUUAUGCUGUGACAGAGGCACUAAUUCGUACGUGUCUUCUCGGCGAAACCGGGGAUGAGCCCUUUGAGUACAAGAACUAAGUGAACUGGCCCCUGACAGACACUGCUUACCCCCCAAACAUCCCUUCUAGAUGUAAUUCUGAGGGCACAGGUUACCACUUUCUUUGUGUCCCAGUAACUCGUGUUGUGUUGGGGGGAGGGAGCAUUUAGUUCUUGUUGAUGUCCCUUUAUUGAUGCUUGAGAGGAGGAGUGUGCUUUAGAGAAGAAUUUUAACCACUGUUUUGUCUAAUUCAUCUGUAUGUCUGACAGGACCCAGUGGCUUCCAUGGACACAGGGUGAUAGGCUGAAGGAAGGUGGAUGGACAAGAGGCUAUAAUGGGUUUUGCCCAAGAGAGUAACUCCCAUGAUAACAGACCAAUUGUCCUUGGAUUAGGGUUAUUUGGGGGAGAAAGGAAUAAAGCAGCUAUGAUAGAUUCUUACCCCUUUGCACACUUACAUAUGGUGGGAAAUUUCCUUUCUCUGGCUUUGAUAAGGCUUUUGGGCAUCUUCUUGAGUUCUACUGUCACAGCUAAAUGUGGGAGCUGGUAGCAAAUUUCCUCCUCGCUCUGUCAUUGGAAGCCACUCGAUCUCCUGUGUCUAACACAGAGUGAAGUAGUAUUUUUUUAUAUUUAAAUGUAAAAACAAACUAUAUAAAUUUUUUUU